UUACCGGCAUUUGCGCGGGAACCUCCAGAGAGCUUUCUCUUCUCUGUCUCCGUCUCCGUCUCCACCUCCACCUCCACCUCCACCUCCACCUCCGUCAGCCCUUCAAACCAGAGCAACAAUGGCGUCUCAAAACCCUAAUCAAACCCCAAUGCAUCCAGAGGUGAUCCAAUCGAGCCCAGACAAUUCGCCUCCAUCCAAUCGAGCCUCGAUUUCGCCUUCACAAAUCGACACGAAAGACCUCGUCGAGAACCUGUUUCCAGACAAACCCGAAACUUCCCACAACAGCCCCAAUCCUAAUGUCCCCUCCGCCCCUUCCGAGUCCGUCGAAGAGGUCAUCCUCACCGUCCCCGGCGCAAUCCUCCACCUGAUCGACAAACAGUACAGCGUCGAGCUCGCUUGCGGCCAUUUAUCGAUCAUUCACCUCCGCCAGGGUGACAAUGUCGUCGCUGUCCUCGCCCGCGUUGCCGACGAGAUCCAAUGGCCACUGGCUAAAGAUGAGGCUGCGGUUAAACUGGAUGAAUCGCAUUACUUCUUCUCUCUCCGCGCUCCGAAAGUGGACGAUUCAGAUUCAGAUUCGGAUUCGGAUUCGAGCGAUGAUGAGAGCAGCGGAAAGAAGGGAUCAGUGAUUGAUCCGGAUAAUUUGUUGAAUUACGGGCUGACGAUUGCGUCCAAGGGGCAAGAAGGUUUGUUGAAAGAGUUUGAUGAAGUUUUGGAGCAUUACAGUAGCUUUUCAGUACAGAAGGUGUCGGAGAAGGGGAAGAAAUCGGAGGUGUUGGAUGUAACGGUUGUGAAGGAGAUUGCACCGGAGGAUUUGGAGUCGGAGAAGAAGAAGGAGCUGAUGGAGGAGCAGUGUGCUGCGUACUGGACCACGUUGGCGCCAAAUGUGGAGGAUUAUAGUGGGACUGCGGCAAAGCUGAUUGCGACAGGGUCGGGGCAGCUGAUUAAGGGGAUUUUGUGGUGUGGUGAUGUGACUGUUGAUAGAUUGAAAUGGGGCAAUGAGGUUUUGAGGAAGAGGAUCAAACCCAGUUCGAGCUCGGAGAUCAGUCCUGAACUCUUGAAGAGGAUCAAAAGGGUUAAGAGGGUGACAAAAAUGACUCAGAAAGUAGCAACUGGGGUCCUUACUGGGGUUGUGAAGGUUUCGGGAUUCUUCACCCGUUCAGUUGCUAACUCGAAAGUGGGCAACAAGUUCUUUGGCCUCCUGCCAGGGGAAAUUGUUCUUGCGUCCCUGGACGGAUUUAGUAUGUUCAUCUUCUCUCUCUCUCUGAGUUUUAUAUGCACAUUUGAAGCUGUUGGGUACAUGACAAAUUUUAGUGGACCUGUCUGUUAUUCACUCUGCUGCUCAACGUUUGAAAUUUGUACAUAUUUGCUUCUGUUUUGGAUUUGGAAGUUCAAUUUGUAUUCCAGCUCCUGUUCCCACUUUUGUCUAUUUUUGUUUCACUGCCACCUUGACUGCCAAUUAGUUUUGCUGUGCAUUUAAUUUGGUUUUUUUUGU